GUAGGUUGCGUCACUUCCUCCACCCCUGAAGCAAAGGAUAAGAAACCCUGCGCCAACCUUUCCUCCUUUCCCAGGCGGCUGCCGAAGAUGGCGGAGGGGCAGGUCCUGGUGCUGGAUGGCCGAGGCCAUCUCCUGGGCCGCCUGGCGGCCAUCGUGGCCAAGCAGGUACUGCUGGGCCGCAAGGUGGUAGUUGUGCGCUGUGAGGGCAUCAACAUUUCUGGCAACUUCUACAGAAACAAGUUGAAGUACUUGGCCUUCCUCCGCAAGCGGAUGAACACCAACCCGUCUCGCGGCCCCUACCACUUCCGGGCCCCCAGCCGCAUCUUCUGGCGGACUGUGCGAGGGAUGCUGCCCCACAAGACCAAGCGAGGCCAGGCAGCCCUGGACCGCCUCAAGGUGUUCGAUGGGGUCCCGCCGCCCUAUGACAAGAAAAAGCGGAUGGUGGUUCCCGCUGCCCUCAAGGUUGUGCGCCUGAAGCCCACAAGGAAGUUCGCCUACCUGGGCCGCCUGGCUCAUGAGGUCGGCUGGAAGUACCAGGCGGUGACAGCCACGCUGGAGGAGAAGAGGAAGGAGAAGGCCAAGAUUCACUACAGGAAGAAGAAGCAGAUCAUGAGGCUGCGGAAACAGGCGGAAAAGAACGUGGAGAAGAAAAUCAGCAAGUUCACAGAGGUCCUCAAGACCCACGGACUCCUGGUCUGAGCCCAAUAAAGACUGUUUCUGCCUCACUGCUUAGCCUGGCCUGCCCUUCCUCCAGCGCCGCCCUGGGAUGUGGGGGCCCCGGGCCGCUCUCCAGGUGUCUCAGGCGUCCUGGGGCCCAGAGCAGGGGAUAAACAAGGCAGCUUAGUCUGUCUCUCCUUGAGGUCUUCCAUGAGGGUACUGAGCAGUGUUAAGUCUUGUAUGAUGGAAUUUCUAGCCUCCUUCCAGGAGAGCCUUAGAGAAGCCAUAGGACUGCUGGCUAUUUUGCUUGCAGUGUUGAAAGACACUGCUGGGGCGCCCUGGCCCUCCCCUCUGCCCCUGUGGUGCAGUGCCAUACUCUGCAGCUGUGGGAUGGCAGGGGGCGCACAGCUAAGAUAUUGUAGCCCGGCCCUCGCCCUUCCCUCUUUGUCACCAGAAACAAAAUAAAUUAUUUUUAAACAAA